AGUCACCAAUAUUUGUCUCGUUGUGUUCUGAGAACAUUUACUGUUGAUGCUUUUUGUUUGUUGGAUUACAGAAAACAUCUGGUUUGAAAUUGUCGGAGCCAUUUCACAAAUUUAUGACAUGCAGCCAUGUAACAGCUCUGAUCUAGACGGAGUGAAAUGCAACAUUACACGGAUUUCAUACAACAUCUCAGGUGACGCUGUUGAGUUCCUGAAAGGCUCGCUGGUCACCCGCUUCAUGCCGUUUUUCUACAUCUUCAUCAUCCUCAUCAGUUUGCCUCUGAACGCUUUGGCUUUGGUGACGUUCACCUGCAGGAUCAGAGAAAAGAAACCAGCUGUGAUCUACAUGUCUCACCUGGCGUGUGUGGAUCUGCUCUUCGCCCUGCUGCUGCCUCUGAAGAUCCACUACCAGCUGAACGCUUCUGAUUGGCUGUUUGGUGAGGCGGCGUGUCGUGUGCUCACUGCAGCUUAUUACUGCUACAUGUACUGCUCCAUACUGCUGAUGAUGUGCAUGAGUGUGGACAGACUGCUGGCCGUGGUGUUUCCAAUCGCCUCUUUAACCUGGAGAAAUGCGAGGAAAGCCUCGUUCAUAUGCGCAUUAGUCUGGCUGCUGGCGCUCGCUGGUACUGUGCCACUACUAUUAAUGAGACAAACAUUCAGGAUUAAGGAUGUGGGCGUCACUUGCCAUAAUGUGCUGUAUAACACACAGCUGUAUGCAUAUCUGUUCUUCAUCCUCUCCUGCUUGUAUUUCUUCUUGCCGCUGGUCAUCACUUUAGUGAGCUACUCCAGUGUCAUAUAUGUGCUCAGUGUAAAGUCCGACCGCAUUUCUUCAUCUUCAUCCAACAAAAGGAGAGCUGUGAUCAUGACUAUCUCUGUGCUGAGUGAGUUUGUGGUGUGUUUUGCUCCAACUAAUGUCAUCUUGUUGCAUCACUGUGUUCGAUUAGCUACUGAAGGCAGCACUGAGGAGGGGAAAUACUACAUGCUGGCUGUGUGUUUGGGCAGCGCAAGUGUUUUUCUGGAUCCUCUGCUGUACUAUUAUGGCUCAUUUCAGUGCAGACAGAAAAUCAGCUCUCUGUUUUGGUGGAAGAAGACCAAAAGUGCUAGCACACCAUCAAACACAAACAAUCAAACACAAUCCUCUCACUUGAGCUGUGAGUGCACUAAGGCUAAAGUUACGAAUUGA